AUGGAUUGUCGACUCGUUGUGAACUUGAGGUAUGCCCAGUUUUUAGGUGCCUUCGGCGUGGUUGCAUGUCAUCCAUUCGAUGUUAUUAAGUGCAGACUCCAGUCACAAACGAUUCAGUCACCAACAAGGAGGUUUGAAGUGGCAAAAAGCAUUUACAAUGUCUACCGCACUGAAUCUAUCACAGGGCUGUACAAAGGCAUGGCUUCACCGUUGGCUGGAAAUACUAUGGUUUAUGGUCUUUUGUUCGGAGUAAAUGAGGUCAUCGCUUCUUCGCAGCAGUUUAACAAAAACAAUCCCUGGCACCAUGUAUUUGGUGGUUUUAUGUCCGGUUCUAUCCAGUGCGUAGUAGGAACUCCAUCUGAGCUGUCUAAAAUCAGAAUGCAGCUUCAAGGAAUUGGGAUCAAUUACACUGCCAAUAAAAACUACAAGAAACAUUAUUCAAAUUCAUUUCAUUGUCUUUACGUAAUCGCCAGGCGACAUGGCUUGAGAGGUGUCUAUCGAGGGUUGUUUGCUAAUUUAAUGAGAGACGGGCCUGGUUUCGCAGUCUACAUUGGCUUGUAUGAAUACUUGUUCACGUUUUUUGAAAUAGACACGACUUCCAAGCGCCUGAUGCUGUCGCCCAUUUUCGGGGCCAUUGCUGGAUGCGCUGGUUGGAUAUCCACGUACCCUUUUGACACAAUCAAAACCGAGUUCCAAGCCAAGUCUCACUAUACUUCUUAUACCGAGGUGGUGACCUUCUUUCGCCAAUCGGAGAUGGGAUUGUGGAGGUCUUUAUGGAAUGGGCUGGGCGCGUGCAUGAUUCGCACUGCAGCCCAGGUACCAACCAUGUUCUACACUUUGGAACUGUUCAGAAUAAUAGCUAGCGGAUCGAAAUAAUUUCUCACAUUAGUCAGGGAUCAAAAUAACCAGAUCACAUAUGUUCGCUUGCUUCUGCUUUUAUUGGUGCUAAAACUUAGUUUGGUAUCUUAUUAAGUUAUCGAUAGUUUAUCUUUGCAAAUGAUUGUUAAAAACCGUUUUUUUUUUGGAUGCUUGCUUCUGCUUUCAUUGGUGCUAAAUUUUAGUUUUGUAUUUUUUAAAUUACUCGAUAGUUUAGUUAUUUAUCUUUGCAAAUAAUUGUGUAAACAAUUUUUUUGGAUCUAGAAUGGAUUUUCGGAUUAUUUGUUUUAAUUUGUAAAUUAAACGGAUUUAUAUGUUGAAUUUUAUGACAGUAACGUGUCGAAAUGGUUUGAUGUGUGCAAAGAAACAGCCCGGAACGGAAGACGAUGGAGAGCACUUUUUCGAGACCUGAAUGUAGCGGGCAAAAGGCAUCAUUGUUCAUGAAAGCCCUACCUGGAAAUGACUAAGGUUCUAUCAAAAUUGAUUGGCAAGUGGUUUGAA